UACCAAUGUACUAGUGGGUAGCAGCAGUACAAUAUAAAAGACAAAACCCCCAAAUAAUAGAGGUCUGUGUGUGUGUGUCUAGCCAAUUAGAUUUCGCAGAUGAAUAAAGAGCCAGUGAUAUAGAACAAGAGGGCAUGGAGAAUCCCUAUGCACACUUUUGUAGAAAGAGAGCGAGAAGAAAAAACCACCUAAAUUAUUAGUUUCAAGCGUCUUUCCUCCUAAAUUUAGUAUAAUCUUUGAUUCUCUCUCUGAUCUGAAGAAUAAGAUUCAAUCUUUUUAUAAUCUCAUCAAGCUAGAUCGAAGUGGGUGUCGUCGGAAAUGUCUGAAGAUGACGGUGGUUGCGGUGGUGGUAAGUUGAGAAACUCCGUUACCGGCGCCGGACCUGAACCCGGGGAGUUUUUCACGCCGUACCCAGAUCAGGUUCUUGAAAACGUACUUGAAAACGUUUUAAUUUUCUUGAAAUCACGGCGUGACCGUAACGCCGUUUCGCUCGUCUGCAAAUCAUGGUACCGCGCGGAAGCGUACACCAGAUCGGAUCUGUUCAUCGGAAACUGUUACUCUGUGGCUCCACGGCGGGUGACCAACCGAUUCAAGAGAAUCCGGUCGGUUUCUUUGAAGGGAAAACCCCGGUUUGCUGAUUUUAGCUUAUUGCCGGCUGAUUGGGGUGCGCACUUUAGCCCUUGGGUGUCUGCCAUGGCUACUGCUUAUCGUUCGCUGGAGAAGAUCUACCUGAAACGCAUGUCCAUCACCGAUGAUGAUCUCGCCAUGAUUGCUCACUCCUUUCCGAAUUUCAAGGAGCUUGUUUUAGUUUGCUGUGAAGGUUUCGGAACGAGCGGACUCGCAAUUAUCGCCAGCGAGUGCAGAAAUCUUCGUGUUCUUGAGCUGGUUGAAGACGACGUUUCCGACGAUGAAGUGGAUUGGAUUUCUUUCUUUCCACCAGAGGGUACGACCCAUUUGGAGUCAUUGAGUUUCGAUUGCGUCGAAACCCCAUUUAAUUUCGAGGCCUUAGAGAGACUAGUAGCAAGAUCACCAUUGUUAAAGAAGCUUAGAUUGAACCGUUACGUUUCGAUAGGGCAGCUUUACCGGUUAAUCCUCCGGUCACCGCAGUUAACCCAUUUAGGCACUGGCUCCUUCAGUACGCUGGGUGUCAUCGGUCAACAACAAGAACCCGAUUACACUUCCGCUUUUGCUGCUUGCAGAUCGAUAGUUUGUCUCUCCGGCUUCCGUGAAAUCGCACCUGAACAUCUCCCGGCGCUCUUACCGCUCUAUGCUAAUCUCACCUCUUUAAAUCUCAGCUACGCUAGCAUCGAACCCCACCAGCUCCGCCCAGCCAUCCGCCACUGUCAUAAACUACAGGUUUUCUGGGCGCUUGAUUCCAUCUGUGAUGAAGGACUUCAGGCGGUGGCAGACACAUGUAAAGAUCUUCGUGAGCUUCGGGUUUUCCCCAUAGACGCUUCAGAAAACGUCGAAGGUCCAGUCUCAGAAGUAGGUCUCCUUGCUAUUUCCAUCGGAUGUUCAAAACUAGAAUCCAUCCUCUACUUCUGUCAACAGAUGACAAAUGCAGCGGUUGUAGCCAUGUCCAAAAACUGCCCGGAUCUCGUGGUGUUUCGUCUGUGUAUAAUAGGGAGAUACAGACCGGAUCGGGUCACGGGUGAGCCCAUGGACGAGGGUUUUGGAGCCAUUGUCAAGAACUGUAAGAAGCUGACCCGUCUAGCUGUUUCCGGGCUGCUGACCGACCGGGCAUUUAGCUACAUCGGGCAGUAUGGUAAACUUGUGAGAACAUUGUCUGUGGCUUUUAAUGGGGACAGUGAUACUGGGUUGAAAUAUGUUCUUGAAGGAUGCACAAAUUUGCAAAAACUGGAGAUCAGAGAUAGCCCAUUUGGUGACUCGGGUUUACAAUCGGGUUUGCACCAUUUUUACAAUAUGAGGUUUGUUUGGCUGUCAUCAUGUAGGGUCACCCGCCAAGGGUGCAUGGAGAUUGCUAGAAUCUUGCCCAAAUUAGUGGUGGAAGUUUUUCGUAGGGAUGAGGAUACAGAUGAGGAAGAAGACAGGGUGAGGGGCGAUUUCGUCGAUACACUUUAUAUGUAUCGCUCUCUUGAUGGCCCACGACCCGAUGCCCCACAGUUUGUCAACAUCCUUUGAAUUUUAUAUACUUUUUCAGUUAUACCCGUUUCAAGAUUCGUGGGUCACCUAAUGAUCCGUUCACAACCCGGCUGUCUUUUGGCUUAAAAACAUGAGUUUGAUCUUGCCAUAAAAGAUUGGAUCUUUGAGGUGGGUAUGGAAGUAAAAAAAAAGCCAUCUUGAUUUGUUUGUUUGAUCCUAAAAAGUGGUUAGAUAUUAAAAGUUUGUGAAGUUUCUUGAAGCAGAGGGGUAGAGAUGAUAAUGAAUUGAUGAUAGUAUUCUUUAAUUUGGUAGCAGAGACCUUUAAAAUCUGAAUCCUGUUCUUCAUGUUGUAUUCAGAUGUUAGGUUUUUUUUUUUAGAUUCAUACCUGCGGAAGGUAUAUGAUGUCCUCUUAAUGAUACAUUCAUAUCUUCUUUAUUGGAAUACUAUGUUUUCAGAUAUCUUUUGGUAAAAAAAUCACUUCAACUUGA